AGCUUCAGCGCUCUCUGUCAGCGAGAGCCAACGUCGACGCAGGUUCGUGAUCAAUUGAACGCCAGGGGUUGCUUCAGCUUUCUGAGAAUAUCGCCCUCACUUGCCAUGUCCGGAUAGUUCGUCGCUGAAUCUACGGUGGAUGCGUCUCCGUGUGGGCUUACGCCGCUGGUACGAACGAGAUGUCCUCAGUGAGUCCCCGGAAGUCGACCGACAGCCUGGCUUCUGCCACCUCGAUACCCUCUUUAUCGCAGUUUUCGUUCACGCAAAAUGAGUCGCCUCGAGUCCCUCCUUCUCAGCGAUUCUCCCCGAGGAGAGGGUCGACUGCAAGUUCGAUUGUCAGCAUCGGUGGCAUACUGGACCCGUCCCAGCAUCAUGCGUCGAUAGCGGAGUCCGGGCAGAACGCAAUAUCGACUCUCCUUCAGCCUCCCAUUGUGCGCACUGGGCUUGUCCCCCACACGGCCGUGUCCUCUACGGGUUACCGGCCACCGACCACUCGCGAUAUACCACCAGUGACCCUGACGAACGUUCCCCAUGUGGAAUCGAAAGCGUUUCAGCCGUACUUAUCUCAGGUCGGAUCCCUGUAUGAUACUUUCCAACGAGCCAAGGAAGGCGGUGACGAUGGCGACUCCCAGCUGGUUCGGGGGCAGUCCAAGGCCGGGUUGCGGACGGACGACCUGGAGCCCCCAAGUCGAAGAGGGAUGGAACGGCGAUAUUCUACACUGUCGAUAAGCUCUCGUGCAUCUUCUAUCGAUCCCUCCGGAAGGAAACCUUCGUUUAGCGGACGUUCUCGAGGCCAGGGAGUUACCCCUUUGUCGACAAUUCCGACUGUUUAUUUCGACGAGCAAUUUCAUCUCGAGAAUCCGCGCACGUUCGACGUGGUGUCUGAGCGGUCUGAGGUCAUACAAGGAGCAUCGAAGGCGUCAGGUAAGGACGAAAAAGCGACCAAUGGGAGAUUACUUGAACCAGUCCAGACCGGUAGAAAAGCCUUAGCCACGAACGCAAUUUUGCAGGAGAAGUUAUCAUGGUAUAUGGAUACAGUCGAGAUACACCUUAUUUCGUCCAUCUCUACAGCUUCAAAGUCUUUCUUUACCGCUCUUGGCUCGCUGCGCGAGCUGCACUCCGAAGCCGCAGACUCCGUCAAAAGGAUACAGAUUCUGCGGAAAGAUCUGAACAAGAUCGACAAGGAGAUGGCUCUAGGAGGACUUAAAGUAGUGAAUUUGCGUCGUCGCAGGGAAAAUGUACGGAGACUGGGUGACGCCGUUGCUCAACUACGACAGAUCGUUGAGUCUGUGUCCAGGUGUGAAGAAAUGGUGGAAAGAGGCGACAUCGAAGAAGCUACAGAGGGCCUUGAUGAGGUCGAGAGACUGAUGGCCGGAGAACAGCCUGCGAACCUUCUCAAUGAGGGCGAUCAGACCCAAGAGCGCCCAAGCAGGACAGUUGAUCUACGGGGCAUUAAAGCCUUGCAGGGAGCUUCGGAGGAUCUUGCACAGUUGCGUUACCGUAUUGGAAUGGGCUAUGAGAGCCGGUUCCUUGAUGAUUUGCUAGGGGAUCUGCGACGUCAUGUGGAAAACGUGCCACCAGAGGUGACCUUACAACGAUGGGGUAUGUCUUUGCAAAGGGCUCGUGGAGCACAAAGAGGCGGUGUUGUAUCUGGUGUCCCUGCCUACAUGAACUUCGACGACCCGAUGAGGCUUAGGUUGCUCUCGGAACUCACUGGUCUCGGCCGAGCCCAUCACAUAAUGCCUGCAGCAACCGCUUUCAAGGCCGGCGUCCUGCGUGAGAUGAAAGGCUUAAUUCGGAGACAUUUGCCUAGCUCUAGUGACGAUGACAACGAAUCCGUGAUGUCGGCUUCUACGAUCGGUGGACGCCAAUUGAGCCAGCAGGAGAAGUCAUCGAUUCUUGCUCGGAAUCUCAGAGCCCUCGAUGCAGAGGAUGCCCAGAAAAUGCUCAGCCGCAUAUAUACUGGUGUCAGCGAGUCGCUCAGAAGGCUCAGCGUCCAAGUAAAGGUGUUACUUGACAUCACAAGCGGUCUAGGAACGCAGUCUCCUGGCGGGGGCGUUAAAUCACCUCCUAGAAGUCCAAACAUGCAAAGCAUUGACAAAACCCUUACGUCUACACCUGAUGGUAGAGUUACAGCAGCUCUUGUCCAGGAGGAGAUAUUGCAGGUUUUGGACAUGUCCAGUCUUCUCGGGCAAGCCGUGGAUAUUGUUCAAUCCCAGAUUACGAAGGUGUUGAAAGUGCGAUCUGAGCAGACCUCGCACCUUUCUUUGGAAGACUUCCUGAGGUACUUCACGCUGAAUCGGCUUUUUGCAGAUGAGUGUGAAGCCAUCUCCGGCCGAAGUGGCACUGCUCUGAAAACAGUUGUGGACAACCAGAUCAGGGACUUCAUCUCUCGAUUUGGAGACCGCCAAAGACAUCGGAUCGUCGAAGUCAUGGAUGCCGACAAAUGGGAUGCCAAAGAUUUCGGUGACGCUGAAAAUGUAAUUCUUUCUCGGAUACUGGAUGCAAGCACGAAAGACAUCGACGCGUGGUUGGACACCUGCAAGAUCUGGCUGCAAAACGAUAAGAACCACGAUGAGACUCCUACGUCAAAUGGGACGUCAGCGAAUGGUACGGGGAAGGACAAGGUCCGCACUGCAGUGGUUGACGAGCAAAAGUACAUCCUUCCAGAGUCUGCAAUGGCAAUAAUGAGGAGCAUCGAGGAGUUCCAACACCUUCUGUCGAAUAUACCCAGCAUGGCGCAAGAAAUAGCGUCCAACCUCCUGGAAUGCUUGAAACUGUUCAACUCACGUUCCUCACAACUUAUCCUUGGCGCUGGGGCCACAAGAAGUGCCGGCCUGAAGAAUAUUACCACCAAACAUCUGGCCCUGUCCUCGCAAGCGCUGAGUUUCAUCAUUGCACUGAUCCCGUAUAUACGUGAAUUUGUCCGGAGAUACUCGAAUUCGAGCCCUCUGAUCGCAGAAUUUGACAAAGUCAAGAGGCUUUGCCAGGAACACCAGUCAGGCAUUCAUGAGAAACUGGUCGACAUCAUGAGUUCUCGGGCUGCCGCUCACGUGGAAUCCAUGAAGAAGAUCGAUUGGGAUAGGCAGCCAAAUACUGGCGCAGUGAGUCCCUACAUGGAGAUCCUUGUCAAGGAGACAGGAACUCUGCAGCGAGUCCUAGCAAAACAUCUUCCAGAGACCACGGUCAUGAUGAUCAUGAAUCCUGUAUUUAAGAGUUACAAGGAGCAAUGGUCUAAAGCAUUCCAGGAGGCCGUUGUUAAGACGGAGGCAGGAAGACAAAGGAUGCAAUCGGAUGUCGACUUCUUCAAGUCCAAGCUUAGCAAGCUGAACGGUUCUGGCGAUCUAGGUGAACAUCUUGUGCAGCUGGUCGGGGCAAAAACCAUUACCCCUGAGCCGAACGGCAAAGCUAUCUCCCCAAGACCGUCUUCACAGUCGCCUCCGGCCCCAGGUGAUAGCAGUCCUGAAAAGAAGUCACAAGAUUCAUCCAAAUCGUGAUCUUCUCGAGAAGACCAGUUUAUUCUCUGUCAAUACAUCCUUGCAGACAGAGCCUUUGACCUUCUCUGUGAAUUCUUAGCUCAUUCGGAAAUGAAUUGUAUCUCGGGGCAUCGUAUAGGAGUCUUCAGCAAUUAGAUGAUCUCUUUUAUUUUGGGUAGAUGUCUAUAUUCCCCUUACGCUUGUUGACUUUAUCCUGU